CUGGAAUUUGAAACAUGUAGGGGCCUCCAAAGAGCAGGGCACGAGUUACGGUGCCGGCUGGGUGGCAGCGAGGAUCCCCGGCUCGCCCUGCCUGGCGCGGACCCUGCCGGCUGCAUCCCACCGGGGCUCCCGCUGCGUGCUGCCCUGCAAACUUGCUGGGGUUUAGGUGGGGACACACGCGGCUGUCAGUCUGCAGGGACAAGCCUCAUUCGAAAGCGACUGAAGCAGCAAAGUGGGAAUAUACUUUGCCAAGAAGCAUUUUACUGUUGUUUUCUUUUCCUCUAUUUCGUGGAGAGAUUUCAUGUCUGCUCACGUGCUUUGGUAUGAGGAAGUGGAAGAUGAUUAUGAACGGGAAGAUGUUCAAAAGAAAACAUUCACAAAAUGGAUAAAUGCACAGUUUGCUAAGUGUGGAAGACGUUGCAUUGAAGAUCUUUUUAGUGAUUUUCGAGAUGGACGAAAACUCCUGGAGCUCCUGGAAUGCCUUACAGGCCAAAAAAUUGCAAAAGAAAAGGGCUCCACAAGAGUUCAUGCUCUGAACAACGUCAACAAAGCACUACAGAUUUUGCAGAGAAAUAAUGUUGAUUUGGUAAAUAUUGGGAGCUCAGACAUUGUGGAUGGCAAUCAUAAACUGACCCUUGGUUUGAUCUGGAAUAUAAUCCUCCACUGGCAGGUCAAAGAUGUAAUGAAAAACAUCAUGGCUGGACUGCAGCAGACAAACAGUGAAAAGAUUCUGCUGAGCUGGGUCCGUCAAUCAACUCGCAAUUACCCACAGGUCAAUGUUAUCAAUUUCACCAGUAGCUGGUCUGAUGGAUUGGCUUUCAAUGCACUCCUUCACAGUCACAGACCAGACCUUUUUGAUUGGAAUGCUGUCGCUUCUCAGCAGUCACCUGUGCAACGAUUAGACCAUGCAUUUAACAUAGCCAGGCAACACCUGGGCAUAGAGAAGCUCCUUGAUCCUGAAGACGUUGCAACUGCCUGUCCAGAUAAGAAGUCCAUCUUAAUGUACGUGACUUCCCUCUUCCAAGUUCUGCCACAGCAAGUCACUAUGGAGGCCAUCAGGGAGGUGGAAAUGCUGCCACGGCACUCAAGGGUCACUAGAGAAGAGCACAUACAAGUACAUCACCAACAGCGUUUUUCACAAGAGAUCACAGUCAAUAUACCCCCGAGACCUUCACCUUCUCCUAAACCACGGUUCAAAAGUUAUGCAUAUGCACAAACUGCGUAUGUCACAUCCCCUGACCAAAAAAGGAGGCAGGUUCCUCCACAGUUUUUAGAAACUGUUGAAAAAAGAACGUAUACCACCACAGUGAUGAGGUCCGAAAUGGAUCUUGACAACUACCAAACUGCUUUAGAAGAAGUACUCACAUGGCUUCUCUCUGCUGAAGAUGCAUUACAAGCACAAGGAGAUAUAUCCAGUGAUGUAGAAGUUGUUAAAGAACAGUUUCAUACCCAUGAGGGUUUCAUGAUGGAAUUAACAGCUCACCAAGGCCGUGUUGGUAAUGUUUUGCAAGUUGGAAGUCAACUUCUAACAAUUGGAAAGCUUUCUGAUGAUGAAGAAAAUGAAAUACAAGAACAAAUGAAUCUACUCAAUUCUCGAUGGGAAAGUCUCAGGGUAGCAAGUAUGGAAAAACAAAGCAAUUUACAUAAAAUCCUAAUGGAGCUGCAGAAUCAGCAACUAGCCCAGUUAGCUGACUGGCUAACAAAAACAGAGGAGAGGACAAAGAAGAUAGAUUCAGAGCCCUUAGGUCCAGAUUUAGAGGACCUAAAGCGACAAGUAGAAGAGCAUAAGGCAUUUCAAGAUGAUUUGGAACAGGAACAAGUGAAGGUGAACUCUCUAACCCAUAUGGUGGUGGUGGUGGAUGAAAACAGUGGAGACAAAGCUACUGCUGCACUGGAAGAGCAGCUUCAGCAUUUUGGAAGCCGGUGGGCAGCCAUCUGCAGAUGGACAGAAGAUCGAUGGGUUCUUCUGCAAGAUAUUCUUAGAAAAUGGCAGCACUUUGCAGAAGAGCAGUGCCUUUUUGAUGCGUGGCUUACUGAGAAAGAAGAUGCUCUUAGCAAAAUUCAGACAAGUGGCUUUAAAGAUGAAAAUGAGAUGCUGACUAGUCUACGCAAAUUAGCUAUCCUAAAAGGAGAUCUAGAAAUGAAGAGACAAAUGAUGAGUAAACUGAAGUCACUCAGCCAAGACCUCCUUGUAGCUGUGAAAAAUAAAGCAGUGGCUCAGAAGCUGGAGAUCCGGCUUGAAAAUUUUGCCCAGCGUUGGGAUAGCCUCGUGCAGAAGUUGGAGAGCGAUUCUAAGCAGGUUUCACAGGCUGUCACUACCACUCAGACAUCACUAACACAGACGACUGUAAUGGAAACUGUCACUAUGGUGACCACAAGAGAACAAAUCCUGGUUAAGCAUGCUAAAGAAGAGCUCCCACCACCACCUCCCCACAAAAAGAGGCAACUCCUUGUGGAUUCAGAAAUUAGGAAGAGGUUUGACUCGGAUACAACAGAACUCCAUAGCUGGAUGACACGCUCAGAAGCAGUACUUCAGAGUCCCGAAUUUGCAGUAUAUCGAAAAGAAGGAAAUCUCUCAGAUCUCAGAGAAAGAGUCAAUGCCAUCCAGCGAGAAAAGCCUGAGAAGUACAGAAAGCUGCAAGAUGCCAGCAGAUCAGCUGAGGCCCUGGUGGAACAGAUGGUGAAUGAGGGUCUGAAUGCUGACAGCAUUAGACAAGCCUCAGAGCAGCUGAAGAGUCGCUGGAUUGAGUUCUGUCAGUUGCUGAGUGAAAGACUGGCAUGGUUGGAGUACCAAAAUAGCAUCAUUGACUUCUAUUCCCAGCUGCAGCAACUGGAGCAGACAGCAAUUACAGCAGAAAACUGGCUGAAAGCACAACCCACACCAGCAACAGAUCCUGCUACAGUAAAAAUCCAGUUGGAAAAAUGCAAGGAUGAAAUCAUCCGAAUGUCAACUCUUAAGCCUCAAAUUGAACGGCUAAAGGCUCAAAGUCAAGCACUGAAAGAGAAAGAAGGCCCGGUGUUUCUGGAUGCUGACCUUGCUGCUUUUACCAGCCAUUUCAAACAAAUACUUGCUGAUAUGCACACCAGAGAAAAGCAACUACAAACCAUUUUUGACAGUUUGCCUCCUCAACGCUAUAAGGACACAGUGACUACUAUACUUUCAUGGAUCCAGCAGUCAGAAACUAAAGUCUCCAUACCUCCAGUUGCAGUUGCUGAAUAUGAAAUCAUGGAACAGAGACUCGGGGAGCUCAAGGCUCUACAAAGUUCUCUGCAAGAGCAGCAAAAAGGCCUGAACUAUCUCAACACAACUGUUGAAGACUUGUCUAGGAAAGCCCCUGCAGAAGUCAGCCAGAAAUACCGAUCGGAGGUUGAGUUGAUCAUUGGCCGCUGGAAGAAAUUAUCAUCACAGUUGGUGGAACAUUGCCAGAAACUUGAGGAUCUUAUGACUAAACUCCAACGAUUCCAGAAUGACACAAAAACACUGAAGAAGUGGAUGGCUGAAGUAGAUGUCUUUCUGAAGGAGGAAUGGCCUGCUCUUGGUGAUUCAGAAGCUCUGGAAAAGCAACUUGAACAGUGUACAGCUUUAGUAAAUGAUAUCCAGACAAUCCAGCCAAGUUUGAACAGUGUUAACGAGAUUGGGAAGAAAAUGAAGAGUGAAGCAGAGCCAGACUUUGCUUCCAGAAUAGAGACAGAACUAAAGGAGCUCAAUUCUCAGUGGGAACAUAUUUGCCAACAGGCGUAUGCUAAGAAGGCAGCAUUAAAAGGUGGUUUGGAUAAGACUGUGAGCCUCAGAAAGGAUUUGUCAGAGAUGCAUGAAUGGAUAACUCAAGCUGAGGAGGAAUAUCUGGAAAGAGAUUUUGAAUAUAAGACACCCGAUGAAUUACAGAAAGCUGUUGAAGAACUGAAGAGAGCAAAGGAGGAAGCCAUGCAGAAAGAAGUGAAAGUGAAGCUUAUUACUGAUUCUGUGAAUAAUUUUAUAGCAAAGGCUCCACCUGCAGCUAAUGAGGCUUUGAAAAAGGAGCUUGAUGUUCUAAUUACCAGCUACCAGAGACUCUGCAGCAGACUGAAUGGAAAGUGCAAAACUUUGGAGGAAGUAUGGGCAUGUUGGCAUGAAUUAUUGUCAUAUUUGGAUGCAGAAAACAAGUGGUUGAAUGAGGUGGAAUUGAAACUCAAGGCAACUGAAAAUAUCCAGGGAGGUGCAGAAGAGAUUUCUGAGUCUUUGGAUUCUUUGGAACGUUUAAUGAGACAUCCAGAAGAUAAUCGCAAUCAGAUUCGGGAAUUAGCUCAGACUUUAACUGAUGGUGGAAUCUUGGAUGAACUGAUCAAUGAGAAACUUGAGAAGUUCAAUACUCGAUGGGAAGAACUGCAGCAGGAGGCUGUGAGAAGACAAAAGAGUCUUGAACAGAGUAUUCAGUCUGCCCAGGAGACUGACAAAACCCUCCGCUUAAUUCAAGAGUCUCUUGCUGUUAUAGACAAACAGCUGACAGCCUACAUUGCAGACAGAGUUGAUGCAGCACAAGUGCCUCAGGAAGCACAGAAAGUACAAUCUGAAUUAACAAGCCAUGAGAUUAGUUUGGAAGAAAUGAAGAAACGAAAUCGAGGCAAAGAGUCUUCAAAAAGAGUUCUUUCCCAAAUUGAUGUGGCACAGAAAAAGUUGCAGGAUGUCUCCAUGAAGUUUCGCUUGUUUCAGAAGCCAGCUAAUUUUGAACAGCGUCUACAAGAAUGCAAAAGAAUUUUAGAUGAAGUGAAAUUGCAAGUGCCCAAGUUGGAGACGAAGAGUGUUGAGCAGGAAUUAGUACAGUCACAGUUGGACCACUGCAUGAAAUUAUAUAAAAGCCUGAGUGAGGUGAAGUCUGAAGUGGAAACAGUGAUAAAAACUGGGAGGCAGAUUGUUCAAAAGCAGCAGACAGAGAAUCCAAAAGAACUGGAUGAAAGGCUUACAGCUUUGAAGUUGCAAUAUAAUGAAUUGGGUGCGAAGGUGACAGAAAAAAAGCAAGAGUUAGAGAAAUGCUUGAAAUUGUCCCGGAAGCUACGAAAAGAAAUUAAUUCUCUGACAGAAUGGCUUGCAGCAACAGAUGUGGAAUUGACAAAGAGAUCAGCUGUGCAAGGGAUUCCUAGCAAUUUGGAUGCUGAAAUUGCCUGGGGCAAGGCAACAUGGAAAGAGAUUGAGAAACGCCAAGUCCAGCUUAAGAAUAUCAGUGAUUUAGGAGAGAAUUUGAAGACAGUACUGAAAGGAAAGGAAAGUCUAGUGGAAGAUAAACUCAGCCUCCUGAACAGUAAUUGGAUAGCAGUAACUUCACGUGCCGAGGAAUGGUUAAAUCUGUUAAUGGAAUAUCAAAAGCACAUGGAGGCUUUUGAUCAGAAAGUAGCUAAUGUCACGACUUGGAUAUAUCGUGCUGAAAUACUGUUGGAUGAAUCUGAUAAGCAAAAGCCACAGCAAAAAGAGGAAACUCUUAAGCGCUUAAAGGCUGAGCUGAAUGAUAUGCAUCCAAAGGUGGACUCUGUGCGUGACCAGGCGGUAGACUUGAUGACAAACCGUGGCGAUCACUGCAGGAAAGUAAUAGAGCCUAAACUAUCAGAGCUCAACCAGCGAUUUGCCGCCAUAUCACAAAGAAUUAAGAGUGGAAAGCCCUUCAUUCCUUUGAAGGAAUUGGAGCAAUUUGACUUCGAUAUACAAAAAUUGCUUGAACCACUGGAGGUUGAAAUUCAGCAGGGGGUGAAUUUGAAAGAGGAGGACUUCAAUAAAGAUAUGAGCGAAGAUGAUGAGAGCACAGUGAAAGAAUUGCUGCAAAGGGGCGACACACUUCAGAAAAGAAUCACAGAUGAGAGAAAACGGGAGGAAAUAAAGAUAAAACAACAGCUGUUGCAGACUAAACAUAAUGCUCUCAAGGACUUGAGGUCUCAAAGAAGAAAAAAGGCUUUAGAGAUUUCUCAUCAAUGGUAUCAGUACAAGAGGCAGGCUGAUGACCUAAUGACAUGGCUGGAUGACAUUGAGAAAAAGUUAGCCAGUCUACCAGACCACAAAGAUGAGCAGAAGCUAAAGGAGAUUGGUGGAGAAUUGGAGAAGAAGAAGGAAGAUCUGAAUGCGGUGAACAGGCAGGCUGAACGCCUGUCUAAGGAUGGGGCUGCAAAAGCAGUGGAGCCAACCCUGGUACAGCUCAGCAAGCGCUGGCGAGAUAUUGAGAGCAAAUUUGCUCAGUUUCGAAGACUCAACUAUGCACAAAUUCAAACAGUUCAUGAAGAUACAACUUUUGUGAUGACUGAAACUAUGACUGUGGAAACCACUUAUGUGCCUUCUACAUACCUGGCAGAGAUCCUUCAGCUUCUGCAAGCCUUGUCUGAAGUAGAAGAACGCCUUAAUUCUCCUGUUCUGCAGGCUAAGGAUUGUGAAGAUCUCUUGAAACAAGAAGAAUGUCUCAAGAACAUUAAAGAUCGCCUGGGGAAACUCCAGGGUCAUUUAGACAUUAUUCACAGCAAGAAGACACCGGCUUUGCAAAGUGCUACACCGAGGGAAACUGCGAAUAUACAAGACAAGCUGACUCAGCUUAAUUCCCAAUGGGAGAAAGUUAACAAGAUGUACAGAGACCGACAGGCACGGUUUGAUAAAUCUAUGGAAAAGUGGCGGCUUUUUCAUUGUGAAAUGAAGAGCUUUAAUCAGUGGCUAACUGAAACUGAAGAGAAACUGUCAAGAGCACAGAUAGAGGCUGGAGAUGUGGGUCACGUGAAAACCAAGCAAUUUCUCCAGGAGCUUCAGGAUGGCAUCGGGCGACAGCAAACUGUUGUCAAAACACUGAAUGUAACUGGUGAAGAAAUUAUUGAGCAGUCAUCAGCAGCAGAUGCUAACGUCCUGAAGGAGCAACUGGGAAAUCUGAAUACCCGGUGGCAGGAGAUCUGCAGACAGCUGGUAGAGAAAAAAAAGAGGAUAGAGGAAGAAAAGAACAUUUUAUCAGAAUUUCAAGAAGACUUGAACAAGCUGAUUUUAUGGUUAGAGGAAACAGAGAGCAUCAUUGCUAUUCCCCUUGAACCAGGGAAUGAAGACCAGCUAAGAGACUGCCUUGGCAAAGUAAAGUUAAGAGUUGAAGAGCUGCUGCCACACAAGGGAAUACUGAAACGAUUAAAUGAAACUGGAGGAACAGCACUUGGAAGUGCAUCACUGAACCCAGAAAGAAAACAUAAGCUUGAGAGUACACUGAAGGAGGCUAGCCGUCGCUUGUUAAAGGUGUCCAGAGAUCUACCAGAGAAGCAAAAAGAAAUCGAGAUUCUGCUAAAGGAUUUCAUCGAACUUGAUCAGCAGCUAAAUCAACUGACAUUGUGGGUAACACCUGUCAAAAACCAGCUAGAGCUUUAUAACCAAGUGGGUCAGCCAGGAGCUUUUGAUAUUAAGGAAACUGAAGCAGCAGUGCAGGCUAAACAGCCGAAUGUGGAAGAAGUUUUGUCUAAAGGGUGUCAUUUAUAUAAGGAAAAACCAGCCACUCAUCCAGUAAAGAAAAAGUUAGAAGACUUGAAUGCGGAUUGGAAGGCAAUAAACCACUUAAUUCUACAACUAAAGGAAAAGCCAACAUUCAGAGAGCCUUCCCUUUUCUCUCCAAGUGUCUUAACUUCUGGUCAAACUGUUGCUGUGGAUACACAAACCAGGGUAACCAAGGAAACCACCACCUUCAAACCAGAAAUGCCAUCUUCUGUGCUUUUGGAGGUUCCAGCCUUGGCUGACUUCAAUAAGGCAUGGGCAGAACUCACUGAAUGGCUUUCUCGACUGGAUCGAGAGAUGAAAGCUCAGAGAGUGACAGUAGGUGAUCUUGAUGAUAUCAACGACAUGAUCAUCAAACAAAAGGCAAUACUACAAGAUCUGGAGCAAAGACGUCCCCAGCUGGAUGAACUAAUAACUGCAGCACAAAAUCUAAAAAACAAGACGAGCAAUCAGGAGGCCAGAACAAUAAUUACUGACCGCAUUGAAAAGAUACAGAGCCAGUGGGAUGAUGUGCAUGGACACCUCCAAAGCCGAAGACAACAGCUUCAUGAGAUGCUAAAGGAUUCAACACAGUGGCUAGAAGCUAAACAAGAAGCUGAACAGGUUCUUGAACAAGCGAAAGCAAAGCUUGAGUCGUGGAAAGAAAUUUCCUAUACUGUGGAAGCUCUGAAAAAACAGAACGCUGAGCUUAAGCAAUUUUCAAAAGAAAUACGACAAUGGCAAACAAAUGUAGAAGUGGUGAAUGACGUGGCACUUAAGCUGCUCCGUGAUUAUUCAGCAGAUGACACCAGAAAAGUAGAACUGAUGACAGAUAACAUUAAUGCGACAUGGGCUACAAUCAAUAAGAGGGUUAGUGAACGUGAAGCUGCGCUGGAAUCAGCACUACUGAUGUUGCAGGAAUUCUACCUGGAUCUUGAGAAGUUCCUCUCUUGGCUUACGGAAGCUGAAACAACCGCUAAUGUCCUGCAGGAUGCUACACAUAAGGAAAAGACACUAGAGGAUCCCCAAAUGGUUCGGGAGCUCACGAAACAGUGGCAGGAUCUACAGGCAGAAAUUGAUGCACAUACGGACAUCUUCCACAACCUGGAUGAAAAUGGGCAGAAAAUCCUGAGAUCCCUGGAAGGCUCAGAGGAUGCUGUCCUGUUGCAGAGACGUCUGGAUAACAUGAACUUCAGAUGGAGUGAGCUUAGGAAGAAAUCUCUAAACAUUAGGUCCCAUUUGGAAGCUAGUACAGACCAGUGGAAGCGUUUACAUCUCUCUCUUCAGGAACUUUUGGCAUGGCUGCAAUUGAAGGAGGAUGAAUUAAAACAGCAAGCACCCAUUGGUGGAGAUCUUCCAACUGUGCAGAAGCAGAACGAUGUUCACAGGACUUUCAAGAGGGAGCUGAAAACAAAGGAACCUGUUAUCAUGAGCGCACUUGAGACUGUGCGAGUCUUCCUGGCAGAUCAGCCGGUAGAGGGACUGGAGAAGGUCUAUCUAGAACCAAGAGAGCUAUCACCUGAGGAAAGGGCCCAGAACGUCACUAAAGUUCUCCGAAGGCAAGCAGAUGAUGUCAGAACUGAGUGGGAUAAGCUAAAUCUACGUUCUGCUGAUUGGCAAAAGAAGAUAGAUGAUGCUGUUGAAAGGCUGCAGGGCCUUCAGGAGGCAAUGGAUGAACUGGACCUGAAACUGCGCCAGGCUGAAGCGUUCAAGGGAUCCUGGCAGCCAGUGGGGGAUCUGCUCAUUGACUCUCUGCAGGAUCACUUAGAAAAAGUCAAGGUUUAUCGAGCAGAAAUGGUGCCCCUUAAAGAGAAGGUACAUCAAGUCAAUGAGCUUGCACACCGGUUCGCUCCCCCUGAUAUUCAGCUCUCCCCAUACACCCUCAGCUGUCUGGAGGACCUGAACACAAGGUGGAAGGUGCUACAGGUGGCCAUUGAUGAGCGCAUCAGGCAACUGCAUGAAGCUCACAGGGAUUUUGGCCCUACUUCCCAGCAUUUUCUUACCACUUCUGUCCAAGGCCCCUGGGAGAGGGCAAUCUCGCCAAACAAAGUGCCCUAUUACAUCAACCAUGAGACGCAGACAACCUGCUGGGAUCAUCCCAAAAUGACUGAGCUCUACCAGUCUUUAGCGGACCUGAACAAUGUCAGGUUCUCAGCAUACAGAACUGCCAUGAAGCUCCGCAGGCUGCAGAAAGCCCUCUGCUUGGAUCUCCUGAAUCUGUCUGCUGCAUGUGAUGCCUUGGACCAGCACAACCUCAAGCAAAAUGACCAGCCAAUGGAUAUCCUGCAGAUCAUUAACUGCUUGACCACUAUUUAUGAUCGACUGGAACAGGAGCACAAUAAUCUAGUCAAUGUUCCUCUCUGCGUGGACAUGUGCCUCAACUGGCUGCUGAAUGUCUAUGACACGGGUCGAACCGGAAGGAUCCGUGUUUUAUCUUUCAAAACUGGUGUUGUAUCCCUUUGUAAAGCACACCUGGAAGAUAAGUAUAGAUACCUGUUCAAACAGGUGGCGAGCUCCACUGGCUUCUGCGACCAGCGCCGGCUGGGGCUGCUGCUGCACGACUCCAUCCAGAUCCCGCGGCAGCUGGGGGAGGUCGCUUCAUUUGGGGGCAGCAACAUCGAACCGAGUGUCAGAAGCUGCUUCCAGUUUGCCAAUAACAAGCCUGAGAUUGAAGCAGCCUUGUUUCUGGACUGGAUGAGGCUGGAACCGCAAUCCAUGGUGUGGCUGCCCGUACUGCACAGGGUGGCUGCUGCUGAAACGGCCAAACACCAAGCGAAGUGUAACAUCUGCAAGGAGUGCCCCAUUAUUGGAUUCAGGUACAGAAGCUUAAAGCACUUUAACUAUGACAUCUGCCAAAGUUGCUUCUUCUCUGGCCGUGUUGCAAAAGGUCACAAAAUGCACUAUCCCAUGGUGGAGUACUGCACACCAACAACUUCUGGAGAAGAUGUCCGUGACUUUGCCAAGGUACUAAAAAACAAAUUUCGAACAAAAAGAUAUUUUGCAAAGCACCCGCGAAUGGGGUACCUGCCUGUGCAGACUGUCUUGGAGGGAGACAACAUGGAAACUCCUGUUACUCUGAUCAACUUCUGGCCAGUAGAUUCUGCGCCUGCCUCGUCCCCUCAGCUUUCACAUGAUGAUACUCAUUCACGCAUUGAACAUUAUGCUAGCAGGCUAGCAGAAAUGGAGAACAGCAAUGGUUCUUACCUAAAUGACAGUAUUUCACCUAAUGAGAGCAUCGAUGAUGAACACUUGUUAAUCCAGCACUACUGCCAAAGUCUGAACCAGGAAUCCCCCCUGAGCCAGCCCCGAAGCCCUGCCCAGAUCUUGAUUUCUCUGGAGAGCGAAGAAAGAGGUGAACUGGAGAGAAUUCUUGCAGAUCUGGAAGAAGAAAAUCGAAACUUGCAAGCAGAGUACGACCGUUUGAAGCAACAGCAUGAUCACAAAGGAUUAUCUCCACUGCCGUCCCCACCAGAGAUGAUGCCAGUUUCUCCACAGAGUCCCCGCGAUGCUGAACUCAUUGCAGAAGCCAAACUGCUUCGCCAGCACAAGGGCCGCCUGGAGGCCAGGAUGCAGAUUCUGGAGGAUCACAACAAACAGCUGGAGUCACAGCUGCACAGGCUGAGGCAGCUGCUGGAGCAGCCACAGGCAGAUGCCAAGGUGAAUGGUACAACACUGUCAUCUCCUUCUACCUCUUUGCAGAGGUCAGACAGCAGUCAGCCAAUGCUUCUUCGUGUAGUUGGCAGCCAGACUUCAGAAACCAUGGGUGAGGAUGACCUGCUCAGCCCUCCCCAGGACACAAGCACAGGUUUGGAGGAAGUGAUGGAGCAGCUUAACAACUCCUUCCCCAGUUCCAGAGGUGUUUGGGUUUUGGUUUCCGUUUUUUUGCUGUUACUUUUUUUUAUUUUACCAAUUGCUGUAGAUAAACCUGUCCCGUUUAGAGUGGAGAAGCAGCCUGCCCCUCCUUUACCUUAAGGCCACAAUGUAGGGAGCCUUUUCCACAUGGCAGAUGACUUGGGAAGAGCAAUGGAAACCUUAGUUACAGUGAUGACUGACGACAAGGUGUUAGAAUAGCAAGAUGUGUUUUACAACUUCAGGCGUCCCGCAUGGUUUUUAUAAUAUUCAUACUACAAAGAGGAUUAGACUGUAAGAGUUUACAAGAAAACAAAUCUAUAUUUUUGUGAAGGGUAGUGGUACUAUACUGUAGAUUUCAGUAGUUUCCUAAGUCUGUUUCUGUUUUGUUAACAAUGGCAGGUUUUACACGUCUAUGCAAUUGUACAAAAAAAUUAUAAGAAAACUACAUGUAAAAUCUUGAUAGCUAAAUAACUUGCCAUUUCUUUAUAUGGAACGCAUUUCGGGUUGUUUAAAAAAAAAUUUAUAACAGUUAUAAAGAAAGAUUGUAAACUAAAGUGUGCUUUAUAAAAAUAAUUGUUUAUAGAAACCCCCUUUAAAAAAUACAAAAAAAAAAUAUGGAGGCAGUGCAUUUGUUUAGUAUCAUUUCAGCUCUGCAGCUGCAUCAGAGAGAGAUUCAUGUUCUGUGUUCUUUUCCUGGCCUGUCAAAAAGGAGAAAAAGAGAAAAGCAUUUCCUGCAGCGACACCAAAACUUAACAUUUCUCAUUGGUUUGGUCUGACUAGGGCUGGCUUUUGGAAAAAAAAAAAAAAAAAAACUCCUGGACUUCCAGUGAAGAUAGUUAUUUCACUUCUUUCCAAUAAAAUUAACAAUUACAUGAAUCGCACUAGUUGGCAAUAAUUAAAUGAAAGAGCACA